UUCCCGUCCACAUUUGGAAACAAGCCCACUGGGUACGAGAGUGUAGGAAGAAAUUUGGUGGCAGCAGCACAGCAGACGUGGCGAAGAUAACCACUUGCCUUUGCAUGGAAACGUCUGUCUGUGGAAGGAAGGAGUUCCUGUGUCUCCCCAGGAAGUAUUCAGAUUGUGGACUUACAUUUAUUGUGUAGCAGCUGAUGGGGGAAAGUGUGAUUGAAGUGUCUCAGCCGCUAUCGAAAUUCAAUAUUUUGCACCAACGGUCACUGUCUUAUUUGUCCUCCGUGGAAAGCUAUUCUAAGUCGUCGUGUGUGUCCCCUGUGUUUACAGUAGCGGAUCAGAAGAUGCAAGAUGCUACGGUCUUCGAAAAAUCGACUCAAAAACAGUUGGCACCAGGCCAGGGGUUCCCUAUCCAAACCACUACCAGUUCAAAAUCAUGUGAACAAACGUCCGAUCAUAUUGAAAAUAAGCCAUUGAACGGAAAUGAUCGCAAUGAAGAAGGGAAAGGACUGACUAAUGUCCAUAUGGUUGCAUCUGAGGCAGCCUCUGUAAAUACAGGCGGAGCGAACGCACCCCUUCAUAGUUCUCAGAUGCUUUGGUCGGUUCCUGCUGUCUCUGAUUGCUCGAACGAUGACAGUUAUAUUCAAGGAAUGGCAUCUCUAAAUAAUGGCGCAGUGACAUUUCAACAGUUUUCGCCAGCAUUAUCUACUGUCAACUCUGCUGUGUACAGUUCUAAUUUAGGAUUUCCAUCUAGCCAAGCUGCAACCACUAUUUUGUCUCAACAAGGCAGAAGGGCUAUUACUGGACCUAACAGUGUAAUGAAUUUUCCUAGACAGCAGCCGAAUAUGAUGGUUAAUUCUUGCAGCAACCCAAAAGUAAUGCCGAACUGGAGUAAUUCUCAUCAGUCGUCUUGGGCUGCACAACAGCCGCAAGCAUCACUGUAUCCACCUUGGAAUGUUCAGCAACGCAGAUCAGUACCAAACAUGAAUGUUCUGGCUCCAGUAGCAGCGAAAAAGCAAGCUAUUCAACAACAGCUGCAACAAUCUUCUUACAUGACCCCGUCAAAAUUUAGACGAAGUACAUCAUUUCCUGGUCAGAUGCAGCAAGUUGGUGCAGGACUGAAGAAUCCUUAUGACUUUUCAACGUUUGAUGAAAUGACUUUUCAGACUUCGACUGGACAGUAUGAUGCAAUGAAGUUGCCCAGUCUUGAGACUCAGCUUUUGGACAUGAUGAAAAACACAUCUCUCGAGGGAGUUCAAAUGCAUGGUGAUAAUUUGAAAGUGGCUGGAAAAAUGCCUUUUGUGAUUGAGGAUCCAAUACUGGAUGAUGGUGCCCUUGAUCAGACAGUACCCAACCUUGCAGGAACACCUAGAUCAUCUCCAAGCUCUCAGGGAAUUGAUAGGAUCGAAAGAUUUUCCAGGAAAGUUUUUGUUGGAGGCUUACCACCUGACAUAGAUGAAGAAGAAAUCACAACUGCCUUCAGAAGAUUUGGUGCUCUAGUUGUUGACUGGCCUCAUAAAGCUGAGUCGAAGUCAUACUUCCCCCCAAAGGGUUACUGUUUUCUGAUAUUCCAAGAUGAGCUGUCUGUUCAGAGUUUGAUUGAAGCUUGUCUGAUGGAUGAUGAUAAACUGUAUUGGUGUGUUUCAAGCCCUACCAUGAAAGACAAGCCCGUACAAAUUCGACCAUGGAGUUUAAGCGAUUCAGAUUUUGUUAUGGAUGGCUCUCAAACUCUUGAUCCAAGAAAAACAAUCUUCGUUGGAGGAGUGCCAAGACCCCUUAGAGCAGUUGAGCUGGCGAUGAUCAUGGAUCGUUUGUACGGCGGAGUUUGCUAUGCUGGCAUAGAUACAGACCCUGAGUUGAAGUAUCCGAAAGGCGCUGGCAGAGUUGCAUUUUCUAACCAACAAAGCUACAUAGCGGCUAUCAGUGCUCGUUUUGUGCAGUUACAGCACGGUGAUAUAGAUAAAAGGGUGGAGGUCAAGCCCUAUGUUUUGGAUGACCAAAUGUGUGACGAAUGCCAUGGCGCUCGAUGUGCAGGAAAAUUUGCACCGUUCUUCUGUGCAAAUGUCACAUGCUUACAGUACUACUGUGAAUACUGCUGGGCUCAGAUUCACUCGAGACCUGGUCGAGAGUAUCAUAAACCUCUAGUCAAAGAAGGAGCCGAUCGUCCGAGAGCAGUACCUUUUCGAUGGUGCUAGAGUGAUAUACUUCUCUCCGCGGAAAGCAAGUGUUCAGUUUAAAUUUGCAUUUUCUCUCCUUCUAGUCAUCGUUUUCUUUGAAAAUAUUUUUUAGUAAAGUUAUUCUUUUAAUAUUUAAUACUAUUACAAUCAUAAUUUUUUUUAGAACUGUUACUAUUACACUUGGUGUGUCCCUAGUCUGAUGAGCCAUUUUGAUAAAAACUAUUUUGUAAGAUUUUUAAGAAGUCAACGAAUAUUGAGUCUGCUGUGUGACAUUUCCACUUCCUGGGGAUGAGAUGAUUUUUAAAGUGCGGAAAUAAUUUUUAUUCAUUUAUCUGUCUCCGUCAUGUACCAAAUAAAGUAAGUGCGGUCUGCGUCCACAAAUUGAUGGGGGUAAAAAAAAGAUGGGGAAACCAUUUUAGCCAACUUUGAUAACCCGAGCCAUUUUCAAACUCCUUCGUGGUUUAAUAUUAUGCUACACAAAUAACAUUUGAUCCAGUGUACUUAUCACUAAUUUAUAACUUUUAUAAAAUAAUGCUCUAUCUCGUGACAAUUUUUUGCGACUCCUAGAAUUUAAAAUAUAUCAAGUACAACAAUUUCUUGUAAUAGUAGUAAAGAAAAGUACUUAUUGAAGGUCAUGGGAGAAUAGUAUAGUGAGAGUCUUUUGGCAUUGUAAUGAUCAUGAUGUGGGUCUUGUCUCUUUAGAUCGGUGAUAAAACGACCAACGACUGUUGUAAAAACAAUUUUUUGAGCAGAAAUUAGAAGUUAACAUUCCUGUGCACAUCCAUUAAGGGCAGAAAACAUGAGGUACCUGGAAAUAACAAACUAGAGUAGUGAUUUUACUUAAAACUUUAAAAAGUUCAAAAAAUCAAUUCAAUGCUAUCUAUGAUUAAAACGAAUUUAUGUAGUAGUUUAUGCAGCUGAAAAGUACAAUUGAAAAGCUAAAUUAAAAUUAGUAAUGAUGUAGGGGGAAGGGAGUUUGCUGGUGGGUUUAUGGUAUAUAUGGUUAUGGUGAGGUGGUUUAUCUUCUUGAAAAAUUGAUAAUGUGCACAGGAGAGAAGGAGUAAACUAACAUGCCUGUUGUUCAUUUAUACAUUCUUUGCUGGAACACGUGAUGUGUAAAUAAUGCUGUAGAAAAUAUGAUCAAGCGUGUACCUGAGAUUGUUCUUCCUCUUCAAAUGGGAUUUUGAAUCUUUUUUUUUUUUUUGGGCUUGCCUUCUUUCCUCUAACUUUUGCAGUUUGUGAAUAAAAACUGCUGAACUAUUGCAUGCCUACAUGUAAGGAAUGCUUGGCUUCAGACAUUUAUAGGAAAUUAAAAUUCAAUUCAAGAUACUUUGGCUUUGCUCCUGGUAAUAAGAAGAAAUGCCACUGAAAUCUGAUUCAAAAAAUUAUUUGCCAUGGGCGAAAAAAAGCUGCUGCUAGUGUCAUGAUUUUCUUUUGAAUGCACAUAAAAGGCGCAACACAUCCUGCAUUCUUUUGCGAAGUUCAAAUUUUGUUCUCAAUCACAUGCAUUUUCUACUUUAAACAUCCAUGUCCUCAUUCUUGUCUUGUCUGAUACGCAAGUGAAAGGAGAAUUGUAAUUUUAUAGUCUAUUUUAAUAUGUGUGCCAAGUUGGCACCACAGCUAAGUUUUAUGAAACAUUUUAUUUAUGCUGCUUAGUCACUUAUCCUUAAAAUCCAGGGUUGUAUGUAUUAAUGGUGCAUUAAUAUGACAUCUCUUUCUAAUGCCUAUUAUCGUAGUAGUCCCCUGUACUUUUUUUCAAGUACGUUACUCAUUUUUCAAGAGCCACAAAUUAGGUCCCUCUGCUGUAUGCAAAGUUUUUAAUUUGGUUUCAGCCUUAGUUUUAAUGAUAUGAAACGAUUGUGAAGGGGAUUUUUAUGAGGAUAGUGUGAAACAUGAUGUGAGAAAGGUAUGGUUAAAAAAGAAAUAUUUCAAAGUUGUUAGCGGAGUUUAAACAGUUUGUGUUUGUAAAUUUUUAAAAACAAACAUCCUGACUCACGUUUAAUGUAAUUUGGUGAUGUCUUCUUUGUCAUAUUCCUCCAUACGCUAGUUGGUCUGUUGAUUGAUUCAUUUUCAGUUUCCCCUGGGAUUCCGCAUGAUAGAAGAGUUAGCUAAAAUUGGUUUGAAAUCAGAUACGCGUAAAAUUGAGUAAUAGCAUGAAUGUAGAAGGCUCUCGUAUUUUUCUUUGGUUCAUAGAAUCACUCAGCUUUGUGUGAACUUGAAUGUUUGUAUUCUGAUUUAAUAAUGAGGAGGAAGACUCACAUUCAAAUAUUAAAGCUUUAGUGGGUGACCUUUCAGAGUAAUCUCUUACAGAUACUAAUACGUCAUACUUCCUACCUUCUCUGUGGUAUUUUUCAUUGCUGUAAUCCUACUGAUUCUUUAUCUGCAUCAGUGAUAGUUUUCUAACUGAGUUCUUACAUUUGACACUUGAUUUGUCACUGUGUCAGUGUACAGGCUCAUGUACUUUGAAACAAAGUGUGUCAGGAGCGUGUUGAAAAUUUACUGAAGAGAGCUGUGAAUUGUGUCGCAUUUGAGCCUUUUCAUCCUAGUUGAGGGGACAAUAACUUGUCAGCAUUUUUGUCAUAAAGUUUCAAAGCAUUUUGGUUUCUUGGGCUGUUUUAGAAUUCCUCUUACUUUUUGUAACAAUUGUAACAUUUUUCUCUCUAAACUUGAAUGAGGCUACUUCGGUCCUGAUAAAAUUGGAGACCCUUCGUAACUGUUGAUUAAAAAAAAAAAAGAAAUCUUUCUUUUAUUGGAAAAUAAGUCACUUUUGUAUAAUGGAGGGGGAUAGGAGCCUUCUGAUAAUAUGUCUGGGGAACCCAGAUGGCCUGCCUUGAUUACUUAUUUUACUUCAGGACACAGUAUUUUGAGGUGUUUUCAACACAUUCUGUAGGGACCCCAAUAAUAAAUAAUGACAGGUGUAAACAGGUUUUUCAUUUUCGUUCCUCAACAUCUGUAUAACCUUGAUGAGUCAAAUAAUUAUCACUCUUACAGUAACCGCUUUUUCUAAUGGGAUAUAAGAUUAAGGGCAUAAUGCAAAUUCUUGAAAAAAAUAAAAAUAAAUAAAAACUCUACCAGAACACGAAGACAAAGAAUUACUUCUGGUAGAUAUAGAGGGUAAUGAAAAUUAAAAUAAAAAGAAUUUUAUUUAAAUUUUAUCAUGGUCUUAAAAACAAAAAUGGCUGAAUUAGGGUGGUAAUAAACUUUGCCAUCUUUCAUUUCUUUAUGUGCAUCUUGAAAAAGAAUUGUUAAUACAGCUGGUCACCUAUGACCAAUAAGGUGUGGACCCUUGUGGAGGUUAUCUGGCCUGCACAGUCUCAAUAAGUGAAAGUGUCAUACUUUGUUAUGAGUACCAUUUUGAUAUGCUGGUUAUGCGUCUUGACACCAACACAAAGUUUUGUCAGUUGACGAUUUGUUUACAAUAUUAUUUUGAGAAAUGACAUUUUAAAAAGAUUGGUUGGAAAUUUGAUCACAUAUUUGAUCAAAAGUUUAUACUGGUUUACCUGACAUUUGUGUGCAAAUGCAUAGAAGGUUCUUGUCUAGAGCAACUUAGUCUUAAUCAUUCUAAAUUUUCCUUUCAAUCUUUUGAGGAGUGAAAAUCUCAGGUUCAUGCUUUCCCCUAAAGCACAGCAUAAUGUGAUGUGAAGAAUAUAAUUUUUCCUAUUUGUGAUUUUUGCUUGUAUUAAUGUAAAAAUAUGUUGUCGUGAUAUAUGACUUUUGUGAGUCAAAAUAGUUUCUUGCCUUUUUUUCAAAGUGUGGAUUUGAGUGGCCUUUGACAAAGUAAAAUUUCUUGUGGAAGGGUCAAAGUAAAUAUUGUAGUAUAGUAUAUGAUUGUUUUGGACAGCUUGCGUGGCACUGUUUUUCUCCUUUCAAAGUAAAUCUGAAUGUUUCAAAUGAAAACAAUUAUUUUAAUACUGGACGUUAACUGAAGCUCUUCAUUCAUUUCCUGUGCAAAAGAGUUGUGGUGUUGUGCUGCGAAAUACAACUUGACAUUUUCAUAAUUUGGAAGCUAAACUUUGUGGAGGAGUGUGAGGGAUAGUCUUAUGAUUUCCAGAUUCCAAAAUUGAUUGAUAACCAGUAACGUUCAUUUGUAAAAAAAGCAUAUUGCCUGAUCAUUUUUUUCCCAUUCAUAAGUCUUGUGCACUUUUUUGUAAGAACUAUUAUUUUGAAGAUUUACUGAGCUGUUUCUGUAUGUAUUCAGAUUCAUCCAGUGUAGUUUUAGUGAUCCUGUUUGUUUUUAAAGGUUAAACAUUAGUUAUCUCAUGGUACAUAAUUGUUCUUUUAUUAUUACUAUUUGUUUCUUUAAAUGUCUGAAGUUUGUUUAAUAAUAUUAAUUGAAAGAGACUUGGGAAUUUUGAAAGGUGAAGGGUGUGUGUUUGGGUGCAUCAGAGACACCACAUCCACAAUGUGUUGGAAUCGGGAAUCUGAUUUGAAAUGUUGUUUUCAUUACAUGCCACCUAACUGUUUUUAUAAUCUCAAAUUCAUAGUUUGUCCAUACCUGAUGGACUAUCUCUUCCACAAAAGACAAUGCAAACAAAAUUGUCCUGCUUGGAGUCUACUAGAAACAUGUUUUAUUCUGUAGUUGUGUUGACAUUGUGUGUCAUUAAAAAAAAAAAAUUUUUGUCUGAAGAAAAAUAUCUUGAUUUUUAUCCCACAUAAAGGUUUUAAGAUUAAAACUUUCCAACCACAAGACAGGUGUACAUGUGUCAGGCAGAUACGAAAUGCUAGUUAAUUUGUUUCUUAUGUUCAACCAUUUGUUUUAGAAGGCAAGUGUCUGUGUCUAUUACAGAUACAAUCACUUUCAAAGAUAGUACAAAAUCAGACAUUGGAAAGCUAUUCCCUUUAAUAAAUCUUUGUAACUUCUAAAGAUUUGGAUAACCCAGCUCUCACUACCGAGGGAGAAAAAUGUCUUAGCCCAAACCAGAUUAAAAUCUUUGUAUAGAUCGGACAGAAUCAACAAACUCACAUUCUCUUGAUCAAAGAGUCCUUCCGACAUCUAAUCCGCUUUCUCAUUUACAUUCUCAUCCAAUUCCCUCUUCAGAGAUACCAAUCUUUUACCUGUAGCAUGAAAAUUAGCUUUACAGUUGUCUUUUAAAAAGUAUGUUGAAAUGCUGAUAUCAAGGAGAAACUACGGUAAAGACUGCAUUUGUAGCGAAUUUGACCACUGGAACCAUUGUGUAUGGAAAGUGUUAAUCUUGUGUAAAAUUGUUAGAGUUUUUUCUCUUUGUUUGAAUUGUGGAAAAGCUGUGUAACAGUUUCUAUUUGACCUUUAAACCUUUUCAGUUUAGAUAAUGGACUUUACCCACUGAGUCAAAAUUACUCUUUUGCCUGCAACUGUCAUGAUGAUGGGAUAUCAAUUUGCAAUGUCACCCAAGGCUUUCGUGACCUUAAGUGUUCUUACAAUUUUUGUCUUUGGAAUUUGAUUUACCCUACACUGCAGGGAUCUUAUUUAUUCAUUAAACAAUUUCUUGUCCUUUCUUCUAUUCUGUUCACUGCAAUGUGUAGUGUUUGUAGAAAUGAACACAGCAUUUACCAUUAUUCUUGUCAGCAAACUUGGAGUGAUAUGUAGAAAUAGACUUAAAAUUUUUUAUGCAUGCAGAUUAUUUUUGUAAUAUUUUUUUUGGUAAUUUGUAUUUCACAUCUGUGAUGAUUUUCCCCAAAACAUUCUAUGGGUAGUAUUGUACAUAUUCUAUACUUAUAUAUAUAAUAUAUAUAUAUAUUUAUAACUGACAUUUUUUUGGUGUAUUUUCAAGAUUUCCCCAAAGUUCACUCAACAUAUUUUUGUCUCAAAUAUUUCAGUAUCCAAGGUCCAUUUAGAAAGCAUUCCAUUAUUUAUCCGUUACUGCUAUGCUUUGAAUUUUCAAGUGAUCAAUUGAAAUGGUACUAGAAAAAUUUGCAAGACUGUCAAUAAAAUUUUUACUUUCUAAGGAUCUAACAAAAUCUUUGUCUGAUAUUGUAAAAAAAAAAAAUUAUCAAACAGGGGGAGUGAGUUGUGGAACGUAGAUGUUAAUUUUCAUUUUUUAAAAUUUGCUUAAAAAGUUACCUUUGUGUAACAUUCAAGAGGUCUUUUGUCUCUUAUCAUUAGUCUGUACCUGUAGGAAUGCUGCAAAAAAAGUUUUCUUGCCGUUUAACUUUGUCAUGUUUCCUGUAGGUACGUGAUUUAUAAAGUUUUUUCUAGACAUUAUAUGCAUUAUAUCAAUUUAUCAAUUUUUCAUGUUUUCACCUUUAUUCUUGUUGUCAGUGAAGCAUGCUGCUGUGCAAAGUUUUUUUUGUUUAAAACAUUGUCUUUUUAAAUUUAACAUCAUAUCAUUUCCUUAGAUAGUCAUGUUAUGGAUAUUUCAAAUGAUUUCCAAUUGUAUAAGGGUCUCAGAAGUGAAAGGGUCUUAAUGAAAAUUGAACAAUUUUUAUCAAGAAAAACUGCCAAAUGAUGGAUACAUAGUGGGUACCAAUGUUGAGUACUGCAGAACAUGAAAUAUUUAAAUGUUGAGGAGAGUUGAAAGAAUUACAACAUAAUGGCUUUCCCCCCGCAUGUAUAGUGUCAAUGUCACUGUAAGCUCAUAUUUAAAAAUAGACUGGUGGGAGGGAGGGAUUGCACUCAUGAAAGCUGUGUAAAUAGGAGCUCAGAACUGCCACCUUUUUUAUGCAUUGCUUUCAUCUUUUCUUAUUUUCUGACUCUUACAAACACCAGAAGUUUUUAUAAUUUUAUUAAAUUUGCGGUGAUUUCACUUGAAUGGUAAUUUUUGUGAGCAUGAUGAGGCAUGUGUGUGUGUUAUUAAAUUUUAAAAAGUAAAAUAAAUGUAGAACAAUCCCCUCUAUUAAUGGAAUCUUCGAAAAUUGACAGGGGUUGUUGGCUAGAGGAGGUUUCUAACCAAACCUUUCCAAGGCUUGGACUUGAAACCUGAGAUUGGUUUGAAACUCCAGGAAGAUGUGAAAUAUCUUAUAAAUUUAUGAGGGUUUCAAUACUGUAAUUUAAUUUAAAAUAAAUAUUUUGUCACUCUGUUGGCUCUUCUUUUGGAAGUGGCUAAAUGUAUGGCUUUUAUCACCCCACAUACAGCAAACAGAUUACGGUAUAUUUAAUAACUUUUAAAGCAGCAGUUUUGUACCUGAAGCCUAGGCAAAUCGAUUUCAUUCGUUGUCAAAAAUAGCAGAAACAUUUCUGCUUGAUGCUGCUUUUCCUCUGCUGAUACAUGCAAAUGUCAUUUUUUACCCAUAGGUGAGAUGGAUGAUUUUAACUCUCUUAGUGGCAUGCAAUGUCAUUAUCCUUGUAGCUGACUGUGCUGUUAAUUGUCGUACUGCAAGAUUUUUUUGAAGAUUGGGAUAAACUGAAGGACAAUGUUUGGUUUGCGCUAAGUUCGCCAUGUGAUCUGUCGCAAAGCGUUCUUUUUCUGUUUUUCUUUUGAAAUUGUUUAUUUAAUUUUCCUUUUAUUUUUUGGAUGAUAAUCCAGAUUGUUGCCGUUUACUUCUACCAUGUUGGAAUCUCUGAAUUCUAGUCAGCUUUACAAUUUUACCUGUGGGAGGUUGCCAUAUUCUGCUCAUAAAAUUAUAACUGAAAGCUAUCUUACGUGGGGAAGUCACACUGACAGUUAAUAAUUGAGUUAGUUUUUAAUAAGUCAUUUGAACUAUGGUUUGCAUGUUUAUUGUUCCUUGUUCUGAUGUUCAAUUUUACCUUUGCAUGUUUUCAUGACUAAAAAUUCACCUAUUUUUUAGAUUUCAAUUUUUGUGUAUUUUGUUUGUUACAUCUUUAAGUGAAAUUAAUUUUCAAUAUCUACAUUGUUGAUGGCCAUGCUUCCAUAUUGUACUGAAAUCUUAUUUUUUAUUGUGUACAGAUUGGAAUUCUAGCAGUGAGGAAAUGCAAAACCAAAUGGAUUUGUGAUGAUGAUGCGCCUGUGCAUGUGUACUGUUAACAUUUGAGUUUUGGAUUCAGAAUGUUUGUCCUUUUUUGUGUAAAGUACACAUGAAGUGCAUUUUUACAUCUCCUAGCCAUCUGUGAUUAUUAUUUAUUAUCUGUUAUAGAUCACUUGUCAUAUAAAGACAGUGGACUGAAAUUGUAUAGAAAAAGGUGAAAAAAAGGCUACUUUUGUUACCAAAGUCUAACCAUUGGGUGCAUGCACUAAGCAGUUUGAGAAUGCGUGAUUACUGGAGCAGUGUCGAAUUAGUUGUUAACAAUUUUUUAAGACUCUGGAAUACUUGUGCGUUUGGAAAAAACACAUUGUUCCCCUUUUCUAAUUUUAAAUUGCAGGUUUGGAUGGUUUUUCAUGCGUCCUUUUUCAGUCUUUGUUCUAAUUUUUUUUUUCACAUAAGUUUCUGAUGUGUUGGAAACUGGUAAUAUGUCGCUGCUUGAAUAUUCUUUGUUUCAGAGGAAGCCUUAGGUUUAAAAAAUUUGUUCUUAUUUUUUUUUUUUUUAAUGAUAUGAAUUUAACAAAACAGCCUCAUGAUUUUUCUUCGUAUUGUAAAUAUCGGGCUGUAUUUUUCGCCAACUUUUCUAGUCAUGGCUUAGGGGCAUUGCAGUAGUGUAAAUUUACCAAUACUUUUAAUUUCCUGGGUUUUUUUUCUUUUGGUCUUAAGCUCUGUCUUAAUUCAAGUUCUGUACAUUCCAAAUGUUAACAGCUUAGGACUUGGUAUUUGUUUCGUUUUAUGGUCUGCAUUCACUAAAGUAAAUUGAAAUUUGGCCCUGUGUAUUUUAUUUUAUUCAGGAAAAGUAUUUGUAUUAAAUAAUCAAAUAUGGUAUUGUGCCUUUAAAGAAAAAUAAGACUCAUGCAAUAAAACCUUUCAUGUUCUAUGUUUGAUUUACCUACUAGCCCCAAACAACACAGAUUUGUUGAAAUUUUGUUGAUGGAUGGCUACUUUCAGGCCAUUUGUUAAUAUUUUUAUUAUUUUUGUUUUGUAUUUAACAUUACUUUUCCUGUAGAGCAUACUUUCUGUGUAUAAAUACGCACCAUGUGGCAUUACCAAAUAUUUUGUGAAUAUUAACUUUGUGUUCUGUUAAAUAUUUAGAAAAGAAAAUAGUUUAGCUGAUGGAAUUUUUUUUCGUUGCAUAGAAAAUAUGGGUCAAUUUUUUUUGUUUCUGAAGCACUCCUCCCUCCAUGUAGUGUGAUUUUAAUUCCAAGUGGCAGCUAUGUAUGCAGACAAGACUGAUACUUUGUAAAAUUGUGACUUAAAGAGAAUGUUUCAACAAAAAUAUUGGUAACAGCCCAUGGAUCUAUAUAUAUAUAUACAUAUAUGAUAUACUUAUAUUUUCUCUUUGACUAUAACGUUCAAAAUUAUUAGGUAAUAAUCAGUUUUGCGGCGUCUCAUUCAUUGAUUGAGGCGUGUUCUGCAGAAAGAAGUCCCAUUUUACAUACUAUCACUGUAAUGUUUGUAGAUUGUUAUCUACUGUAUUAUUGUGUAAAGUUCACUUUGCUGUUGGGGCAUAACAAUUUUUUAACAUUUUUUUAUUGGCAUGAGUGCAAAUGAGCUUGUUUUUGAGUCUUCAUAAUGGACUUUUUGGAAUGAAGGAAGUUAUUAUUUAGGAACACAGUUGUGUGUUUGGUAAUUUUUCGAUCCACGUAAAAAAAAAAAAGUUCUGGUUCCAUUUAAUCACUGGAACACUUAAACUUCAUCCGUAUUUACUAUAUUUAUUAUUGAAGGAGAUGUUUAAGGAGUAUCAAUGCUGUUUCUGGUGGGUCUGCAACUCAGGAACAUGGAUUGCCUAUUGCAGAAGAGUGACAAUGUAUUAUUCAUUUAUGUAUGUAAAUUUGUACGUUGAUAGAUAUAGUUUUGCGAAUCGGAAUUAUUGUGUGGACUGAGCUGUUUGGUUUUCAUUAUGAGUAUUGUUGCUGUUUUGAUCCAAUUGGUCUUUUCAAAGGCUAAGAUUACAAAUUACGACUUUGUAUUAGUAAAAUAAGACUUGGUUAAAGUUGCUUGUUUUUUAAAAUUUCCCUAAACUAAAUGGACACCAUUUGCAGACCCGCUACACCACCAAUGUGCAUUGCACAAGGGUAGAAGAUUGAAGAUCCUGUGAUGGCAGAUUUAUGCAGAGGUGAUUAUUUUUUUAGGCUGAAAUUCCUUCAUAGAUUAUUCCUAAUGCUUAUUGUAUGUUAACUUCUAAAAUUAACAACCAGUGUGAUAACCAAGUGGUUAAAAGUUCUUUGUUUCAUAAUGCUACUUUUGAUGAUUUUUCUUUACCAGUACAUGAAGUGAGUUAGUCUUUGAGGGUUGCAGUAAAAGUAGAAAAGAAGCCAAAAUAAAUUGUCUGCAGUACUGUCUCACUUUAGUUUGCUGGAGAGUAGCCUGUGACAAGGGUUUUCUUUCGCCAUGUGGACUGAAAGAAUGGCUACAAGUAUUAUGAAAAUUGUAUUUUAGCUACAGUAAGAUAAAUUUUGAUGGUUUUUUUUCACCUUUUUCUAUAUCUAUGCUAUGUAUUUGCAUUUGUUAGCCCAGGAGCAUUGCAUUUACUUGACUGCACUUUGUAGUAGCAAUUGCUAGUCAUUUUGGUACCUUCCCCCAUGCUGUUUUGAAAUAAAUUUUUAGCAAUGUAACCAGUGUUCAUAGCCUUAUGCUUUUUAUGAAUUCUUGCUGCUAAUGAUUUUCUGCCCCCUUCUCCGCCUCCUCUCAUUUUUUUAAUUAAAGAAAAAAAAAAUCACCAAAUUUUAAUAAUGUUACUGUUAUUUUUUAUAACUUGAUAUUGUGGUGUCUUGUGGGUUCAUAAUUUAUAGUUUUGUAUGUUCAGCUUGAUAAUAAAAAAAACCUCUUGAAAAUUCA